UUGGCACAGUCAGCACCACAGUGCUGAGCUACUUCUCUUUUGUGGUUGGUUUCUUCUUUGAGACUAUGAACCUUUUACUCCCAGGUUCACACUAGUGGGGAUUAAUCAAAUUCUCAUUACCUUAGUAUGUUUCAGCUGCUGUAACAUAUAUACCAUAAACUGAGAAGUUUAUCAAUAGGAGACAUGGGUUUAUAAUAGUUCUAGACUCUAGGAAGUCAGAGGUAAAGUGACCAGUAGAAAUGGUAUCUGCUGAGAUAGAUGUAUUUUCACUCUAAGCUUAUAUGGUAGAAGUGGCAAGAGUUCCUUCUGCAGUGGCUCUUGUAAAGACAAAGAUUCCAUUCAUGAAGGCUCACCAUGACAGAAUUCUCUCUCCAAAGUCCCACCUCCUAGUGCUGUCAUUUCCCAAGGAAGGAUGAAAAAUAUAUAUAUUUUGAGUAGAUACAAUCAUUUAUACUAAAGUACCUGUGAUUAGCAAGAAGAGUAAAAAUGAAUGUGAUUAGUAAUUGACUCUCUAAUGAUGUAGACACAGUCAUGAUCAAUUCCUGAAAACAACUGUGACUUCAGUGAGAAAAAGUCUAGAUAUUGGUUUUCCACAUUUUGAUGAGGUAUUGAAUUUCAUGUAACUUCAAUGUCUGUAGCUAAACAAUAGCCAGCUCCAGCUACUAAGAAGGGCAAAGAAUGGACAUGAAAGAUAAUGUGGCUUAAUAGCCAGUUAGCCCAAAACCCCACUGUUUGUAGAUCAUCUGUCAUCUGUAUGUUACAGCCAAACAAGAACAGUCAGGAAGACUGAGAAAAAGAUGACAUGGUACCAAAUCAAAGUUUAAAAGUCAGAGCCCCACAAUUCACUCUGUACUGUCUCCAUUUUUUAUUAAUAUCAACCAGAGGAGAGGUUUAUAGAAAACCAAUUUCCUCAGAUUAACUAUUGUGGAUUUUUUAAAAUAUUCAUUUAUGGGCCGCUGCGGGGUGCAGCCCAGCCGGUCAGGUUGAGGAGCGCGGCCGCCUGGACUGGGUCUAUGGUCGCUCCGUGGGCCGCUCUGCUGGCUGGUGCUUUUGUAUCAGGGCAAGCAGUAUUCCAUGGCAGGGAACUUCUGGCAGAGCUCCCACUAUUUGCAGUGGAUUUUGGAUAAACAAGAUCUGUUGAAAGAGCGCCAGAAGGACUUAAAGUUUCUCUCAGAAGAAGAGUAUUGGAAGUUACAAAUAUUUUUUACAAAUGUUAUCCAAGCAUUAGGUGAACACCUUAAAUUAAGACAACAGGUUAUUGCUACUGCUACAGUCUAUUUCAAGAGAUUCUAUGCCAGGUAUUCUCUGAAAAGUAUAGAUCCUGUAUUAAUGGCUCCUACAUGUGUGUUUCUGGCAUCCAAAGUAGAGGAAUUUGGUGUAGUCUCAAAUACAAGAUUGAUCGCUGCUACUACUUCUGUAUUAAAAACUAGAUUUUCAUAUGCUUUUCCAAAGGAAUUUCCAUACAGGAUGAAUCAUAUACUAGAAUGUGAAUUUUACCUCUUAGAAUUAAUGGAUUGUUGCUUGAUAGUGUAUCAUCCUUAUAGACCUUUGCUCCAGUAUGUGCAGGACAUGGGCCAAGAAGACGUGUUGCUUCCCCUUGCAUGGAGGAUAGUGAAUGAUACCUACUGCACAGAUCUUUGUCUGCUGUAUCCGCCUUUCAUGAUAGCUUUGGCUUGCCUACAUGUAGCCUGUGUUGUACAACAGAAAGAUGCUAGGCAGUGGUUUGCAGAACUUUCUGUGGACAUGGAGAAGAUUUUGGAAAUAAUCAGGGUUAUUUUAAAACUGUAUGAGCAGUGGAAGAAUUUUGAUAAGAGAAAAGAGAUGGCAACUAUUCUUAGUAAGAUGCCGAAACCAAAACCACCUCCAAACAGUGAAGGAGAGCAGGGUCCAAAUGGAAGUCAGAACUCUAGCUACAGCCAAUCUUAAAACACCCUGAAGAAUCCUGUAGUGGACCACUUGGAAGUAAAGCAUUGGACAGUUUGAGUAAUGUCUUCAUUGGAAAUCAGAUGCAAACGAAUAGCUUGUUUCUAUCAAGCCUAUUGGGAAUUGACUUAAUUUUCACAAAAUAAGUUUUCCUUACUUAAUUUGAUUCUAGUGUGUAAUUUAUUAGAUCUUAAUUAUAGAAUUAGUAAAGCUCUAAGGGGACAUUUUAGACACACGCAGACAUUUCAGAGUUAACUUCUCUCCCACACAAAUGUACGCACACACAAUAAUACUGGUUUUUGAUUAGGAUAAUUGACGUUUUUAUUAAUAGCUUUUUUAAUUAAGGCAGGAGACAUGAAAUGUCAUUUGUUUAAAAUUCUCUUUGGACAUUAAGGGACCAAAAAAAAAAAAGGACAUAAAAAGUCAGUAAGAGCCCUUCACCCUCCCCAGUUAAAUUUUAAA